UGGGAAAGGAAGGGAAGAGGGGCAGAAAAAAGGGAGAGGCCUAGAAUAAGAGCAGUGCCUUCCUGGACAAUCUCCCCAAACCCAACUGCAGAAUUCCUCCACAGACAGGAAAACAGGUUCAGGUUGAAGAUUUUUAAGUAGUGUCAGGCCAAACAACUGGGGGCGGGGGUGGGGAGGUGGGGGCGGUGCUUAGAACCCAGAGGAUGGACAGUCCGAGGUGGGAGGGCCGUGGAACUGGAACAUCUAACCGCCCUGCCCUGCUCAUCCCACCGACCCUCAUUUUAUGGACAGGGAAACUGAAUCCUGGAGAGGGGUGGUGGGGUCGGCACAGCGCUCGGGUCCCCCAACCUCCCGCUCCUGCCCGGGCUCUCACCAGGAUUAUAAGAAGUUCUGGGCUGGCCUCCAGGGCCUCACUAUCUAUUUCUACACCAGAAACCGAGUCCCUCAGUAUGUGGAAAAGGUGGACCUGAGCAACUUUUUGGCACUGACAGAUGAUGUCCCAAGGGGCAGCAGCACCAUGGACCCAGGCACUCAUUUCUGCCUGUCAUUGGAAGGUCAGGAGAUCAGAUUCAAGGUGGACAGUCUGGAGUCUCGGGAGAUGUGGAAGGGCUUCAUCAUGACAGUGGUGGAGCUGAAGGUCCCAUCCAACCUGACCCUGCUGCCGGGACACAAAUACAUGAUGGCUGAGGCCCUGACCAAGGAAAAAGAUCGCCGGGCCCAGGAGAAGCCCUCCUGCUUCCUGAAUGUGAGCCGGGUGGAGGCACAGCUGCUCCUGGAGAGGUACCCGGACUGCGGGAACAUGCUACUGCGGCCCGGGAGCGACCGCUCGGGAGGCUACUCCAUCACUACACGCCAGACGCUCAAUGGGGCCGAGGUGGUGAGGCACUACAAGGUGAAGCGCGAGGGUCAUGGUUACGUCAUCGACGUGGAGGAGCCGGUCUCCUGCUCUUCUCUCCAUGACGUAGUGAACUACUUUGUCUCCAACACCAAGGGGACUUUGGUCCCCUUCUACCCAGAUGAAGACUAUGAGAAGGUCUUAGGGUUUGUGGAGGCCAACCAGGAGAAUGGAGAGAGCACAUGGACAGUCCCCAAGCCUCCAGCCCCCCGGGUGCCAGGAGAUGCCAAACAGAGCCAGCUGCUGCCUGGCCCAGGCAAGCCCCCCUGGGCACCCACACCCCUGCCACCUGUGCCAGAUCAGGAUGAGAACUACAUUAUCCCCAUCAGUGAUGAGCCUACAACCCAAUAUGUGAAUGAAGAUGAAGUGGCCCAGUUCUGCCACCUGAAGGCUCCUGCACUGCCCGUACGCCUGCUGCCUGGCCCCAAGCCCAAGAAACAAGGGAAGCCACUGCCCAAAGUGCCACCUGUGCCCAACAAGGCCAAGCCAGAGCCCAAAGGCCUGGCUGGCCCCAAGAAAGUCACCCCAGGCUCUUCCCAGCCCAAGGUUCCUUUUGGCAUGUCCAUCUGCACAGAUAUUACUGAGGAGCUGGAAAGGAAGCUGCAGCAGAGGAGAGCCAACCUAGAGAAGUGAUGCUGACCAGUUACGUGGACAAGGCCUAAGGAUCAGUGGGGCCAGGCCCUCCUUUGGGCCCUGACCUCAGGGAUACUGCUCGUGACGUCUCUCCCUCUUUCUGCUCCCCUACUUUUAACCCUUUAGUGGGUGGGGCACAUCUUGAGCCCCACCUCCACUAGGGACACCCCAUCCCCCUAUUCUGGAUAUUAAAGCUGAAGAAGCACAGUGGUCCUGGCA